CUCUACUUCCAGAGGCAGGUGAACAAGUGAGGAGUAAAUUCACACUUUAAAGAGCAGCGAAGACCAUCUUGCCAUGAAACCCUUCACAGAUGAAGAUGUAGAAAUCUACAUCCAGAGCAAGGUGGAAAGGCGGCAUUACCUGGUUUCCAAAGCAGUGGAGGAGGUGCAGAAAAUCAUCCAGCAGCUGACUGCAGAAAUCAGCUACAAGGCCGUGCGAUUCCAGGCCAUCUCCAACUCUGGCAUUCACAAUGAGAACAUUAAGGAUCAGCCAGCUUUACUGGCCAAGUGGUCAGCUAUGCUUCGGAGGAAGCGCCCAUUCCACCCUUCCAUCCAGGUGUUAGCACCCAGCCAGUUCCUCAUCACAGUUCCUCUGCGUGGCCUGACGGGUUACAGGGAGUGCCAGGUACGGCACUGGCGCUAUUACACCGUGCACGGAGCCAAGCUCCUCUCCUCCGUGCGGGACCCUGAGGAACUGCACCAGUGGCUGGAGGUGGAGCAGUUCUCAAAAAGCCUCCAGCAGUGGCAUGAAGAGGAUGUGAACAUCGAGGGUGAUCUGGUUCCAGCCAAGGUCCUUAUCGUCUUCCGGGAGCUGGUGGAGAAGUCGAUUGUCUCCUGUAACCUCUCCAGUAAAGUGACAGUGCUGGAGAGCUUCAGCUCAGUGGUCCGUGUGGCUGUGGAGACGUCAGAAUCCCAGGUUGAGGUGGAGCUGGUCCCUGCUGUGGAGAUUCCAACGUGCUGGCCUGAGAAAGCCCGGUGGCCUCGUUGCCUUAAGCGUUGGCCUUCUCAGGAAAAAGUGCAAUGCAUCAAGUCGCUGGGUUUCGACCUCCUAGCCCGCUCUAAUUAUCACUGGCAGCUGUGCUUCUCCCGUGCUGAGCACAUCCUCAUGGAGGGACUUGAUGAAGAUGGUGGCUGUCGCAGGAAGUGCUUCAGGGUCAUGAGGCAGAUGAAGGAAGAUGUCUGGUGUGCUGGCAAUAAGCCUGUCAUCACAGCUUAUCACCUGCAGACAGUGCUAUUCUGGACGUGUGAAAAAUACCCACGCACCAAGGAUUGGCGCUGCUUCCCUGAAGCCUUUCUGAGGCUGGUACAGAAGCUGCACAAGUGUGUAAGCCAGCACUUCCUCAAGCAUUACUUUCUCAAGAACACCAAUCUGCUCAAAUAUGCCAACACCAGUGACCUGGACCUGGUGGCCAGCAAGCUGGCAGUCUUCUUGGAGAACCCUGUUUUCUGCCUGGACUAAGGCAGGCAAAGUCAUGCCCCAGCCCUGAGUGGAUGCCCAGCUCCUCUCCCCACCUGUGGUUGCUCCCUGUGUCCUCCAGUCGGUGUUGCAGCUGGCUCCGUGAGACAGUUGGCACAUGCAGCGCUAAAGAGAAGUGUGGAGCUGGCAGCGGUGGGCGGUGAAAACUGAUGGGAGGUAUCACUUGAUGCCCAGCUGAUCUAAUUUGCUUUCAACAGUGACAGCCUGCCUGGAAGCUACAGCCAGUGAAACCCAACUUUGUGUGUCAGUCAGAGCAGGCAACUGCCUUGUUCUGUGUCUCCAGUCUUGUGGCACCUAAGCUGAAAGGCAGCGCAGAGGAGUCUCGCUCUGCUGCCUCUGUAACCCAGCACAUGGAUUGUUGCUGCACUCACCUUUCUCACAAGGACAGCGGGUUUAAUUGCCUGCUUACCUCACAGGCCAGCUCUGCAGACGGGCAGAGGAACAUUUCCGAGGUGUUCUGGAAGCUGGAAGCUUUCUCAGAGGAAAUUCAGUUCAGGGAGAUCCUGCUCCAGUAGGAAUCCAGUAGGGAUUUAAACAUGCUGCUAGUGUUGAAGAGCUCAAUGGAAGCAAAAAGAGGAACAGUGGGGUUUGCCUCUUCAUUUUUCUCUCCUCCACUUGUAUUUUUCUUCCAAUUGCUUCAAAUAUGUCUUUUUCAUGUUUGCCUUUGCCAGUUGUGUUAGUGCCAUAAAAUCAGGGGGCUUUAGCAGGGCAGAUUCCACUCCCAUCCCUGGCUCUGCCUAGCAGGCUGGACAAGGAGCAGGUCUUUCCCUACUUCUUAACACCUAUGUAUUUUUGGGUGCAGUGCAGAAGAGAGUUUUUUUCAAAGGCUCUUAGCUCCAAGACUCCCAGUGUUUUUAAUUUUGUGGACGUUUCAAAACAACAUGGAUUUUAGUAUUUCAAAAGAACAGAGCUUUGGAGUUAAUAUAAAGAAUGCUGGAUUUAAUAUUAUUAAAUUGCUGAAACUAAACAAAGAUAGAGGGGAUUUUGGGCUUGGUUCGGUGGGGUUUUUUGUCACAUCUGU